AACUACAAAACCAUUGCAGAUCAGCGUGUGAGGGAACUGCCGUCAUGAGGUCUGAGAAGUCAGCUUUGGUAUUUCUGCUCCUGCAGCUCUUCUGUGUUGGCUGUGGAUUCUGUGGGAAAGUCCUGGUAUGGCCCUGUGACAUGAGCCAUUGGCUUAAUGUCAAGGUCAUUCUAGAAGAGCUCAUAGUGAGGGGCCAUGAGGUAACAGUAUUGACUCACUCAAAGUCUUUGUUAAUUGACUACAGGAAGCCUUCUGCAUUGAAAUUUGAGGUGGUCCAUAUGCCACAGGACAAAACAGAAGAAAAUGAAGUAUUUGUUGACCUAGCUCUGAAUGUCUUGCCAGGCUUACCAACCUGGCAAUCAGUUAUAAAACUAAAUGAUUUUUUUGUUGAAAUAAGAGGAACUUUAAAAAUGAUGUGUGAGAGCUUUAUCUACAAUCAGACACUUAUGAAGAAGCUACAGGAAACCAACUACGAUGUAAUGCUUAUAGACCCUGUGAUUCCCUGUGGAGACCUGAUGGCUGAGUUGCUUGCAGUCCCUUUUGUGCUCACACUUAGAAUUUCUCUAGGAGGCAAUAUGGAGCGAAGCUGUGGGAAACUUCCAGCUCCACUUUCCUAUGUACCUGUGCCUAUGACAGGACUAACAGACAGAAUGACCUUUCUGGAAAGAGUAAAAAAUUCAAUGCUUUCAGUUUUCUUCCACUUCUGGAUUCAGGAUUAUGACUAUCAUUUUUGGGAAGAGUUUUAUAGUAAGGCAUUAGGAAGGCCCACUACAUUAUGUGAGACUGUGGGAAAAGCUGAGAUAUGGCUAAUACGAACAUAUUGGGAUUUUGAAUUUCCUCAACCAUAUCAACCUAAUUUUGAGUUUGUUGGAGGAUUGCACUGUAAACCUGCCAAAGCUUUGCCUAAGGAAAUGGAAAAUUUUGUCCAGAGUUCAGGGGAAGAUGGUAUUGUGGUGUUUUCUCUGGGGUCACUGUUUCAAAAUGUUACAGAAGAAAAGGCUAAUAUCAUUGCUUCAGCCCUUGCCCAGAUCCCACAGAAGGUGUUAUGGAGGUACAAAGGAAAAAAACCAUCCACAUUAGGAACCAAUACUCGGCUGUAUGAUUGGAUACCCCAGAAUGAUCUUCUUGGUCAUCCCAAAACCAAAGCUUUUAUCACUCAUGGUGGAAUGAACGGGAUCUAUGAAGCUAUUUACCAUGGGGUCCCUAUGGUGGGAGUUCCCAUAUUUGGUGAUCAACUUGAUAACAUAGCUCACAUGAAGGCCAAAGGAGCAGCUGUAGAAAUAAACUUCAAAACUAUGACAAGCGAAGAUUUACUGAGGGCUUUGAGAACAGUCAUUACCAAUUCCUCUUAUAAAGAGAAUGCUAUGAGAUUAUCAAGAAUUCACCAUGAUCAACCUGUAAAGCCCCUAGAUCGAGCAGUCUUCUGGAUCGAGUUUGUCAUGCGCCACAAAGGAGCCAAGCACCUGCGAUCAGCUGCCCACAACCUCACCUGGUUCCAGCACUACUCUAUAGAUGUGAUUGGGUUCCUGCUGGCCUGCGUGGCAACUGCUAUAUUCUUGUUCACAAAAUGUUGUUUAUUUUCCUGUCAAAAAUUUAAUAAAACUAGAAAGAUAGAAAAGAGGGAAUAGAUCUAUCCAAAUUCAAGAAAGACCUGAUGGGGUAAUUCUGUUAAUUCCAGCCACAAAGAAUUUGGUGAAAACCUUGCUAUUUUCAUAUUAUCUAUUCUGUUAUUUUAUCUUAGCUAUGUAGCCUAGAAUUCCACGAUCAUGAAGUUGUGAGUAUAUCUCAUUCUUUCGUUGUAUUUUCCUAGGUGUCUUUACUCUCUUCUCUCACUUUGUGACACAAGGACAUGAAUACAUCUAAAUUUUCCUAUUUCUGAUAUGACUGUUUUCAUGAUGUCAUUACUUCUAUAACCUUAAGUGAUAGGGUGACAUACAAUAUGCUGAUUCCUGGUGUGUGCCCAAACACAUGGAUAUAAAGAAGUAAAAAACGUAAAAUUCACAAAAUUCAGUAAACCACACAAAUCAGGUAAGUGUUCUAUGAGAUUAGCUGGCUAUGAGAAACAUAAUGAUGUUUAUUUUUCAAUUUAAAUAAGCCCUUCUACAUACCCAGCAUCAGUGAUCUCAGAAAAUAAGUUGCUAAUAAUGAUGACACGGCAUUACACUUGGAAAAGUUUGCUGUAUUUCCAUAGACCUCAUCUAGAUGUCAUGGCCUACAUUUCUGCCAUCACUCAACCAAUAUUUUUUCUGUUUUCUUGAUGAUAAAAAGACCAUUCUCAUUAUUGCCCUCAAAUAACAAAAGAAACUAUUUUUUCCUCACAUACAGAAAAUGUUAUUAAGAUAUUCAAGGUGAACAGAUUAUUUUGGGAUAAGUAACCAUUUGAAAUAUAUGGUUUUAAUUACUGAGUUUAUAAAAUUUAUUUGAUAGUACACUUAAUAAAGAAGAUUUAAAUGUAUAUUCUUUAAAAAUGAUGAAUACUCAUAAUUUGUAUCUCUAUAAUCAAAAGUAUAAUUUACUCUAGAAAAAUAAAGAGAUGCUUGCUCUGAAAGUAAAAUGAGUGAACUGCUUUUCAAUCUCAAUCUUUGAGAAUUGCAAAUUCAUCAAAUAAUUGCUUACAUAGUAAAAAUUUAAGGUAUUAGAAAACCUGCUUAACAAAUAAUAUUAUAUAUUAAAUAUUUCGAUAUGUAAAGCUUCACACAAAACUAAAUAUAGUGUAAUAAUAGUUACACUAAUAAGCAAAUAUGUUAAUCUUUUCUUUUUUUACUGUCAUAUAAUCUUAGUGAUAUGCCUAUUUAUAGUUUUAAAUAAAUAAAUUGGCUCAAUUGGCUUUUUGAAAAUUUUGAAAUUCCUACAGAUGUUGAUUAGGUAUAUCUAUAAAUUAAUUUCAAUUUUAAAAUGAUGUUAUAAAAAUAUAUAAGUAUUUUUCUUGUGUACGUAUACAAUAAAUGUAAAUAAAAUUAUUUACUGUGUUUUGAAA